AUGUAUCAGUUUCGUUCAUUACAAAAACAAAUUAAAAUUUUGGAGGCGAACGAAGCUGUUCUUGACAAACGCUUAUCACGUAUUGAGCAAAAUCACUAUCAUAAACAACAAAAUCGUGCAAGUUCAUAUCCACAUCGUCAUAAAGGAUUAUUAAGAAGCAGUGGCGAAAGCGGAUUACAUGAAGUCACCUCAUUAAGAAAUGAAAGUAGAUGUAACUAUAAAUUUGCAACGCAUAACCAUUUGUUGGAUACAAAUUUACUCAUAAAGCAGUUCCACAAUCAUCAAAGAUCACUCAAUAGGGAAAAUCUAUUUACAAAACGGAAGAAACGGUCAUACCAUCGUUAUUCAGGCUCAGUUUUAACAAGGAGAAAUGUUCUUGAUCUCACUGGACAAAAUAGGUCAAAAUUUUGUGAAUGUCAGUCCACGAAGUGCUGGAACUCAGACUCAGGAAAUUCAUUUCCACAGGAAUAUCUGGGAAUACAGUGUUCUUUAGGAAGCUGUACACCACCGAGAUGUGAAUUAAGAGCAGAGCCAGAUGAAUCAUCAAUUUCAGAAGCCGACAACUAUGUCAAUGAAACAUUUGUUUCAACAGAUAAGCCAAGAAUAUAUGAAAUGAAUGAUUCCAAUGAAGAGGAUGCGUAUAUUGCACUGGAAAUUAUCUCAUCAGUAUCAAAAUCAUCACAAUUAGAUAAACAAUCCGUUAACAAUUUACAGAUCUCUCCAACCUUGAGUAACAAAAUACCUCUCCGGCCACUAACUCCAACAGUUAGUGAAGAUACAUGUUUGGCAGAUAGCAACGAUCAAAAUUAUUCUACAACUGUAAACGAUAUCUCAAAUUUAGUAUCUGCUGAUAGUCUCAGUACUUCACAAAUAUAUGACCAUAAAGCUGAUGCAGUGAAAGUGGAUGGUGAUGCUGAUGAUGAAGUUAGCUGUGCAAAGUCAACUUUAAAAAUACAGGAUGAUAAAAUGUCUACUGAAGAGAAAGUGGAAGAAUUGAAAAGACCUAAAAUAAUGCCAAGAAAAAGUUUUCUUAUUCCAUUAAAUAAUUAUGAAACUAAUAGUACAAUAUUAUUAAAGACAAACACUCAUGAGCAUAUUGAAAUAUUUAAACACAUUAUCAAUGAAUUGAUACAAACGGAGCGUAAUUACUGUCAUACACUCCGCGUUUUAAUUGAUACACUUGCUAAAAUUAUACAAGCAAAAUGUGGACUAUGCAAAGAAGAUCUGAGUCAGCUUUUCCCAAAUUCAUUAUUGAAUAUGUAUAAAAUGCAUAAUCAAAUACUUAUUCAUAUGGAACGAGAUUUACAUUCCGUAAAAAAUUCUAUAACCUUCAAUUCAGUUAACAUUCUGUUAAAAGUUCUGUGUGGUGUAGACUUUGAAGACUGCUGUGAAUUAAACAACAGAUUAAAUGAUUUGCUAUUGAAUGAAUUACAACUGAAUUCAUCACCAUUUUAUGAGAUAUACAAAAAUUACCUACUUGAAUUUACUGUGACAAUGAAAACAAUGCGUAAACUUUUACACCAAUCUACUAGAUUUCGUCAGAUUGUAAAAAGGCUACAGAAUAAUGAGUGUGGUGGGACCGAACUGUCGACACUUUUAAUAGCUCCUAUACAACGAAUUCCACGUUAUUUGCUUUUAAUUAAACAAUUUAUUCGUCAAAUAAACAAAAUUGAAGGCAGUAUCAGUGUUGAAAGAAACUUUGAACAAGAAAAUGUGUAUAGUCAAACAGUUUCUCUAAUAACAAGUAGAUUAAAAAACUCACAAUUAUCCAAUCACUUCAGUGAAUUUAUACAUAAAACAAGGGGAACAAAUCAAGCAAUAAUUAUAGAACCGAUGAAAAACGAAACUACUGAUAAUACGAUAAAGGUGAACAGAUGUAAUCCGUUAACUCUGGGAAAAUCAAAUACACACUAUGUCAAGUGCAAAAAGGCAUGGUUUCAUGUGCGGCGUGCUUUCAGUGAAAAACGUGGUGAGGAAGGUGAACGAAAAGAUUGCCAGUUUCCAAAAAAUCUUAGUUCUCUGAGAAUAAGUCGACGAAGUCCACCCAAGUUAUUAGACGAUAAGUCGAAAGUUAAAAGAAUGUCAAGCAAAGACGACAGUGUUGAUGUUAAAAUAAAUAAAUUGACAGAGAAAAAUAACAAUUUGGGACACAAUAUGGGGAAUACAUCUCAAAAUCAUGUUUCCAAAGAGGAAAAAUAUGAAGACUAUAGCAAUCAGAGGUGUAAAUCAUUAUCAAAACAAUCAGGCUUGCCUGUUGAAGUCAAAGAAACUGAAAUGUCAAAAAGAAUACAAAAAGUCUGUUUAUUGAAUGUACCACCUUGUGUAGGUCAACGAAGAAGCAUAAAUAAGAUCUCAAAACUCAGAACUAAUGAGAAACAUGAUACAAAAGAAACUGAAUUACUGACUAACAUUAAUCUAAAUAGCAGUACGUCUUCUUAUUCGAAGAAUCAACCUGGUGUGCGUAAUUCAUCACUUCAAGUCAGUCUUGGCGAAAAUCAAUCACAACAAAGCAGUAAACAGUUUGACAGAAUCAGUUUUGACAGUAAAGUGACAUGUAAUCCUUCACCAAGAAGUAACAUUCCAUCAUUAUCAAGUGGUAUUCCUCGACGACAUUCGGAUCCUUUGUGUUUAUCGAAAGCUGAAAAUAACAAUCAGAAACCGAUGUCACUUAUUUAUUCUACGGCCGACAACCAAAUCAAAUCAGUAUCCGAACCACCGUGUCACAAAGAAUCUAUUCAGUCGGUACACAAUGAUUUAGUUCACAAGAAAUUAAAUCAGUCAGAAGAAACGUUUACAGGAUGUCGAGAGCAUGUAGAUGGUCUCCAGUUACAGCCCAAUGGAAAACAAAUUCAUAAGACUAAUAAAGAUGAACCAAAAAGUUUAACUGAAGGAAAUAUGCUAUUGCAUCACUGUUCACAAGUAUCUGAAAGCAAACCAACUUCAGGGAAUAGCGAAGAUUACACUGCCAGUUUAAGCUUUCGGUCUGAAGAGGAUAAAUCUAUGAGGACUAAUCAUGUUUGGAAAAUCCCCUUGUUUAAAUACAUUCGGAGGUUAACCAAUCCCACAAGUUCCAGACGAAAUGACCCUGUAGUAGUGGCAACAAAUACAUCGGGACUAAACAAACCUGUUUUAAAUGAUAAAUCCGAACAGUUGGUUAACUUGCCGAAUGAAAAAAUAACUAACCAUCAAAUAUCAUUUGAAUCCCAUCUAUCAGAACCUCUCAGUCACCCGAAUAAAGUCAAAACUCCGGUUUCAGUCAAUAAUAUUAGUGAAACAAAGAGUAGUUAUCAGUUGAGCUCAGUUAAUGAUGAACAGAUUGAAAUUAUUCAAGUAGAGUGCACGCUAAAAGAAACCAUUCUUGAGAAUAAAUUCAACAGAUACUUUGAUGCUGGUGGUGAAGGUAGUCAAAAGAAAAACAUUCCAAUUCUUACAGAAGAGAGCAAUUUUGAAGGCGAAAAUUGCGGGAAUCUAUUGAAAUAUGAGAGUUAUAAUGAUUCUGUCUUUCUGGACGAGACGGGUAACCUUUGUUUUACAGCAUAAAUCACAACAAUCGAAGUUUUUUUACAACUUGACUACCAUAUCAGUAAUGUAGUUGAGUCAGUCCACUUUUUCUUUCGUUUCCAUUCCUUCCACUCAUGAUAGUCUUUUCCACUGCAUUCUUCUGAUGUUUCUUCUAUAUAAACUCUUAUUUUCUUCUUCUACACAUAAUUCAGCUACGCUUUGUUCACUUUUCUCUAGUGCGUGCAAUCUCUGUCUACACUGACUUUCUC